AUGGCCCCUCCCUUCGUCGUCGUGCUCUGCCAUGGCUCUUACCACACACCUGCUCCAUACCAGCCACUGGUGGAUGCCCUGACUGAGCGAGGUAUUGAAACAUACUGCCCUCAGCGGCCUACCUGCGAUCUCAGCCAACUGAAUGUCGGCGACAUCAACAACCCCGAUUUCGAUCGAAGGGCUCCUCCAGGAGGUUACCCUCUUCCCGCAGAUGAUGCAGCAGAAAUUGGGCGUCUAAUCGACCGUCUGAUCUCGGGUGGAAAGUCGGUUUUGCUUGCAGGACACUCGUCUGGCGGUUGGGUGGCUGCCGAGGCAGCAACAUCUGCCCGACAGGCUUCCGUACGGGCACAGGAGGGUAAGACUGGCGGUAUCAUCGGGAUUUUCUUCAUCGGCGCAUUCAUCAUCCCCGAGGGUCAAUCUGUCCACAGCUUCUUUCAACCCGCUGAUGGCAGAAACAUUGCACCCCCAUUCAUGCGGUUCCACAAACACGGUGUUGAUGGCCUUGGCACAAUGGUCGAUCCUGAGAAAUUCCUCUUCAAUGAUCUCGACGAGGCGACCGCUAAGAAAUGGGCGGGUACGUUGACAGCAGCGCCUGUCAUGAACAGCCCUCUGACCCAUAACCCCUACACUACUCUACCCUGUGCGUAUUUGGUAUUGGAAAAUGACUACACGUUGCCAAAGGAGUAUCAGGAAGGCAUGGCUGCGAGCCAGUCGAAGCCGUUCACCAUGUACCAUGCACCAUGUGGACACUCGCCGCAUCUCAGUUGGACGACGGGACUCGUUGAGAAGAUCGAGGAGUUUGCUGGCCAGAUCUUAGAUUGA